UGCAGAUAGAGAGGAGGAGAGAAUGAUGAGGAGCAAUUAAAGAUUAACUGUUUUUAGGGCAAACCUCUUCCAUAAUGUGCGUUAAAAACGAACUUUUAGGAGUUUAAAUUGGAGCAGAAGAGGUGUGAGCUUUUGCUCCAGGAAUGCGUUUUUUCAAGCCUCCCCCUUUUUUCUGACUUGUGUUUUGCUAGAAAGAAGCUUGGGCUGGGGUGUGGGGGUGCAGGGGGGGACCACACAAAUCCAGGGUUUCAUUAUAAACAGUUUCAUCCAGAGGGCUCGUCUCGGAGAGGAUUUGUGCCUGCAAAUUUGAUCUCACGGCUCGGACUCGUCAAACGGCGACCAAUCGGGGAUCAAGAUCGUAAACGGAGGAGGGAAGAGGUGGUGGUGGUAGGAGAAGGAGGGGGCUUUCUUUUUCUUUUCUUUUUUUCAUGACAGAGGGAGGGGUGCUGCGGGGAAAUGAUCGGCGGACCGUGAAGCGUAACAGCCAGAAAGAGGGACAAAGACGCACGUAGCGGGAGCAGAAAGCAGCGCAGAGAACGCAACAGUGGGGGGAAAGUUUAGACCGCGUGGACGGGUGAUGUUUGAGUCUGGGAAUAAUCAGGAAAAAUUGGGAAGAUUCCGUUAGGAAAACUGUCCUUAAAGCGCGCGUAACGUUUGGAUACCUCCGUGGCGCGUUGGCGGACUCUGCGUGGACACGCGUCCAGAGAUGACCGGUUCUGCGCCGAAUCUCUUAUGCGUGCCCUCUUGGGGUGGUCCCGAUCCAGAUUUUUUUCGGUUGAGAAAGUAAACUUCUUCGCAGCGGAAAGUUUGUGGAAACUUUUGUGGACUUCUUUGGACUAGUUCCGAUCCGGAUGUGUUGGACGAGACGGUCCCAGUCAUCGGACUAGAACUUCAUCCGAGCAUGAGGUGCUGGUGCGCCCCCCUGGCACUUCUCCCAUGGGUGCUGGUGGCUUUGGACGCCCAGCUCAUAUGCUGGCAGGCGGUUCUCCGGUGCAACCAGGAGCCCGAAUGCAACCUCGCGUUCCGCCAGUACUCCUCAGCCUGUGACGACGUCAUCGCGGGCGCCACAAAGCAGUGUCCGAGCCACUGCAUCAACGCGCUCAUCCGGCUCAACGACACGCGCAACGGGCCCCAGCUGGAGAGCUGCGACUGCACGCAGGACCAGGAGUGCCUGCGCGUCCAACGCGCCAUCGAGCCUUGCCUGCCCCGCAGGCACCCCAGCGACUCCGGCGGGAUCGGCUGCAUGGAGGCCCGCCAGCGCUGCGAGGAGAACCCCGUGUGCCACACCUCCCUCACGGCGUACCUGGCCCACUGCGGGCAGCUCUUCAACGGCAGGAGGUGCUCCGCCAAGUGUAAGGCCACCAUCCAGCAGAUGCUGCUCAUCCCAAACGGCGAGCUGCUCAACCAGUGCGUCUGCGACGGGGUGGAGAGGCCUUUCUGCGAGGUGGUCAAAGAGAACAUGAGCAAACUGUGCUCCAUUGGGGACCCCAGUGAUGUUACGCACACGCCAGAUUACAGCUAUGAUGACGAGAACGAGGGUGUGAGAGAGGAGGAGGUUUACUCUGAAAACUCCUGCUCCUCCAACAGCUUGAGCUCCCAUGUGCUCCUCCUUCUUUGGCUGUUGUUCUGGAUUAAUGAUUGAAAUGAAGGAAAACUGGAGAUUAUGAUCUGGACAUGAAGUUCUACAAUUAGGGAUCUUCCAUGAUUUUGUCCUUUUAGCUGAUCACUGUAAAGGAAAAUCUUCUGAAACUCAAAGAUGCUUCCAGGUGAGAGGACCAGACUGCUGCAGCACCUCCUCAUGUGCCUUCUGUUUAUUUGGCUUCCCUUUAAUUGUACUUGAAGUGUGGCUUUAAUAAGACUAAAGACAAACACCAGACUCUGUUUGCUCGGCUCUCCAUGUCAGAGGCCUUCAGUUGUUGCAGCAACCGCUCUUCAAAUAUUUGUGGGAAACGUUUAGAGGAUAUAGGCCAGGGUGUGGGGAUCAAGUACUUAAAUUAAGUGAAGCACCACUCCAGCACUUUUGUCGUGUUCCCAUCCCCCCAUGUCAAAUUGUUUUACUGAACUUCUUUUCCUGAGAGGGCCCCCCACUCUUCCUCUCCCAGCAGCCCCCUUUAACGCUCUGCCAGCAUGCGAGCGUGAAUGUCCCAGCUAAAGUUUGACCACCACGUAAAGUUUAUGCACGCUUUAAAACAUUUGCAAUGAAAGUAAAGUAUCUUGAUGUGUUUGGAUGGCACAGGAAGCUUGUUUCAGCUCUUGAAGGUAUAUAUACUGCAUCUAUUUGAGCUGUUUAAGAGCUUGGAGGAUCCAAGUUUGGUUGAAAUUAAAUAAAUGUGCACUGGUUGGUUAAGAAACCACACAUAUGAUUGAAUGUACAAUGAAAGAUACCCACAAAAAAAGCAAAUGUUGGCUUAAAAAGAAUGUUCAGCCAAUACUCACACUGAUAGUUCUACAGUUUGUCCGAAUGUUUUUACAACUUCAUGUGAACGGACCAAAUUGUCCGGAAGUGUUACAACAGCUGCUGGUUUGGUGGGUGUGUGUGCUGAAAACAAGCACUGACCAGAAUAGAAAAAGCACCUGUCCAGUUCCUAAAGUCCAUCAGAAACGAGUGGGCAACUUAACCUUCCAACUGAACAGUUUUCUUUUUUCAAAUUCUCUCUUUAUUUCGCAUUUUGGGCGUUUUUCUUUUCUGAUAAUGGAUGGCGCUCAUGUCAAUUCCUCUAUUGAAUUCACUUCUGUUCUUUGGUGUGCUGAUUAGUUUGUUUGGUUCUGUUUAAAAACCCACUCUGAUAUAUUUUUUUAUCUAUUUUUAAAGCGUUUCCAUUGGUCUUUUAAUUAUGGUUAUGCAGUUUUGUAGAUAAAAUAGUAAAACAUGUUUUCUUGGACAUAGUUU